ACGACCGCACGUCACACACCGCGCUGACUGGACCGCACACACGCCGGGGAUUCUGUUUCCGGUUCGAACUGCUUCCUGUGAACACAAAGGGCUUCAUGGAGAUUCUGACCAUGUUUACAGACUGACAUGCCAAGCCUUCGAGGGUGUUUUUCUCGUAGUCUCUUUCAGGAGGGGAACGGUCGGUGCAGCGGUACGUUAGUGGAUCAUACCGAGGGGAGAGUAGCUGCAGCCUGUGUUUAUGGAGUCAAAAUGGCGUCUGGCGCUCCGGUCAACUCGGCUUUAAUCCAUCUCUGAUUAUUCCGACAGCCGGGCAGCAACCUGUAACCGGUUACCGGGCGUUUCGGACACACGCGGUUGGAGAACAGGCAGUACCAUGUCGGACUCGGAGGAGGACAGCCAGGACAAGCAGCUUAAAAUCGUGGUGGUUGGAGACGGAGCAUGUGGGAAGACAUCACUCGCCACCAGAUUUGCACAGGAGGCCUUCGGGAAGCAGUACAAACAAACCAUCGGCCUGGAUUUCUUCCUGAAGAGAAUAAGCCUUCCAGGCAACUUGAAUGUGACCCUGCAGGUGUGGGACAUUGGAGGCCAAACAUUAGGGGGGAAAAUGCUGGAUAAAUAUGUAUACGGAGCUCAUGGGGUUCUUCUAGUAUACGACAUUACCAACCACCAGAGCUUUGAGAACCUGGUGGAUUGGUUCAACAUGGUAAAGAAAGCCAAUGAGGAAUCUGAUAUCCAGCCCGUUGUCUUCUUGGUGGGCAACAAAAUCGACCUGGAGCACAUGAGGACCAUAAAGGCAGACAAACACCAGCGCUUCUGCCAGGAGAACGGCCUCAUCAGUCAGUUCAUAUCGGCCAAGACGGGGGAUUCGGUUUAUCUUUGUUUCCAGCGAGUAGCUGCUGAAAUUCUUGGUAUCAAGCUAAAUAAAGCAGAAAUAGAGCAGUCCCAGAGGAUUGUGAAAGCUGAGCUGGUGGACUACCCACAAGAUGAAGGCCCGAUUAGACAGGAGAACGCUCAGCAAAGCAAAAUCUGUUUGCUUCAGUAAUUGAAACGGGUGGUGAAGGCAGACAUCGUGAACUACAGUCAGGACACCGUAGCCAGGACAGUCAACACCCCUCGCAGCUCCAUGUGUGUGGUUCAGUGAUUCUCUCCAGCACAAACACACAUACGCAUUAAGAUGUAAAAUUGUCUUCAGGCAGUGUUGGUCUGUUAAGAGCUUCGAGUGAAUUGGAGGAGAACGUGUUCGGAGUGAGGCCUCUGUGUUCCUGUGCGCCAGUCGAAUGGCUGGGAUGAAGAGCAGACUGCGUGGCUUCGAGGCCUUGCCGUGUAGUUUGGAUAUUUAGCAGGAAUAAGCUCUUGGGUAGUUUACCGAAAAGAAAUGGCAUCAGUUUUUUUAUGUUUAUGUGCAGCUAUCAAUUUCUUUUACACUUUUAAAGCUAUUACCUGAUUUAUACUUUAAGGCAAAGCUGGUUAUUUAAGGGAGCAAUUUAGCAACUGAAAACAUUCUUAUAAACCUUUUUUCUGCCUUAGCUCUUAGUUUGAUGGAGUCAGUAUAUUUCAGCACUAAUACCUGUUUAGUACUUGUUUUUUAUGUAACAUUGCAAAUAAAGGAUGUUUUGCAACAGACAGAGGUGAACAUCUUUUGUACUUUUCUUGAGAUCCUGUUCACCAGUAAAUCAAGUACAUGGAAGUGAAAAUGCUGCUGUUUAUAAAUCUCCAAUUUCUGUUUGCCAGUUAGUUGCUUGCUCAAUGUGAACAGUGUGCUGUUAUUUCACCUCACACCUAAAAAGUUUAUUUUUAAAUAAAAAUUCGGUUUUUAUUUGGUGUUUUCUGCAGGUCCAACAUCAGGCUACGUCCUGCCAAGUAGUAUUGUCCAGGUUCUUUUAGUUGAAUUUAAAAUGGAUUUAAAUGAUUUAGCUUUUUAUUUAAUUUUACAUUCCCACCUUCAUUUUUCCAGAUGCUGUGUUGGUGAAGUAUUAAUGAGCCUAAACUAAAUGUUGUAUGUCAGGAGUUUUUAAGCUUUACUCUUACUUUCAGUUAGUAAAUAGAGGUUCCUGUUGGAGACGAUGCAUAAGGUCUUAAUUUUGCUGUCUGUCUUAAAUGUCUGUUCUUUAACUUGUCCGUCUUUAAAUGUGUUGAGUUGCAAGCCACUAUUUUCCCAGUUUCUACAUGAUGCUUAUAUGUGGGCAUGAUGUUAAAACUUAAAAUGAAGUCGUUGCUUUAGGUGUAAAGUAUGCAUUGGUAUAGUAACUCAUCUGAAUGAUCAGAGAACAUCCUGUAAAUGCUGAAUAUGUAAACAAAAUGUACUUUUUGGGAAUGUAUAGUUGUAUAUGACGUUACAAAGCGACCAAGAUUUGUUUCCAAAUAAAAAAAUGCAACAUGGAAAACGAAA